AUUUUUUCUGGUCGAAAGGAGUUUCAGUUUCGUGAAGCGCCACUUCUAGUUCCUCCACGUUUCUUUUUCCGGUUUGCUUCGCGUGAGUUUAGUUGAUAUUAAAUAUCAAUCAUGGGUAAAGGUAAUAAUAUGAUCCCAAAUGGCCAUUUCCAUAAGGAUUGGCAGCGAUACGUGAAAACCUGGUUUAACCAGCCAGCAAGGAAACUCCGCCGCAAACAAAAGCGUGUCAAGAAGGCACGAGCUGUCGCACCUAGGCCUGUAAACCUUUUGCGGCCUGUUGUGCAUUGCCCAACAUUCCGCUACCACACGAAGGUUCGUGCUGGUAGAGGUUUUACUCUGGCCGAAUUGAAAGCCAGUGGUCUGAACAAGAGAUUCGCGAGAACGAUUGGAAUUGCAGUUGACCCGCGCCGGCGAAACAAGUCCGUGGAAUCGCUGCAAACGAAUGCUCAACGCUUGAAGGAGUACAAGGCUAAAUUGAUCCUCUUCCCAAUAAACGAGAAGAAGCCGAAGAAGGGUGACGCGACUGAAGAGGAGAGGAAACUCGCCGUUCAGAUUACGGGAGAUCCUAUGCCCAUAAGACACCAAGCACCAGCCAAGGCGAAGGCUCGCCCCGUCACCGAGGAGGAAACUAAAUUCUCGGCAUACGUAACUCUUCGUAAAGCGAGAGCAGACGCGCGAUUAGUUGGCAUACGCGCCAAGCGUGUUAAGGAUGCUUCAGAGAAUCCUGAUGACGUGACGAAAGUCGCUAAAGAUAAGAAACCUAAGAAAUAAAUUCUGUAAAUUGUUCUUUACGUACAAAAAAUAAAAUUCUGCGAUACUAAAA